UUUUUUUGUAUUUCUCUUAGCCUUUGAGUGAUUGUAAACAAACGGUCAUUUUGUUGCAGAGAAAACUCAUUUACAAUACAAUACAGAGAGAGAGUCAGUAAUAGUGAGCAAUACAUACGACUGGCAGUAGUGUUGAGAAGCAUUGAGUGAUUGGAUCGCAAAUCAGUGUUUCGUUUCAUUUCUACAUUAAAUCAUUUGCGAGUUUCGUUGAGUUUGGGCCACAGAUCGCAGCGAAUCGGUUGUCUUCGCCACUACUGAGCCAUCACUCGACUGAAUCGAUCCAUUGAUCGCGAGUAUUGAUCCAUUGGUUGGCCGUCACUGUUGUCGUCGUAGUACUCAUUAGUACUGCUUUCUAAUCAAUACUAGCGAUCAAAAGCUCUGCCUCUCUGUCCGUCUCUCUCGCCCUAUCGUGAGACACAUCCGCCGAUCGGUUGACCACUAAUUGUCGUUAGUAUUGCUGUAAGUGAUGGCCUGCGCGACACUGAAGCGGCCGCUCGAGUGGACGGACCCAUCGAUGUCUCCGCCGUCCGCUCACAACAACCAACACAAAGACACGACCCAUACGUACGGCCAGCAGAGGGCCGCCAAACGGCGCUGUCUUUCCGCUCUCAUGACUCCCCAAAUACCCGACAAGACCUCAGUCUUCGGUGACGUUCAGCCAAAACUGUCUUCAGAGGAGAUAGCGGUCAGCAUUCGGGAAGAGAUGCGCCGUUUAUAUAACCGCAAGAAAUUACACGCCUCUCACACCUCUUCGCCGACCAGUACUUCCAAUGAGAGCUCAUAUGCAGGACAUCCGCCGUCGCCCACAAGUUCUCAAGAUGGGUUCUCGUCGCCAUCCCAUGAGAGUCAAGCGGUGAGCGCGACAUCGAUUGGUCUGUUGUCGCCGUCAAGACGUGAUGCGCCGCUCUUCACGUUCAGACAAGUGGGGCUCAUAUGUGAGCGCGUGUUGAAGGAAAGGGAGACUCAAAUUAGGCAACAAUACGACGACGUCCUCAACACUAAAUUAGCCGAACAAUACGAGACUUUUGUGAAAUUCACUUACGAUCAGAUCCAGAAGCGAUUCGAAACCAAUUCAAUUCCUAGUUAUCUAUCAUAGGGUAAAAUGCAAUUAGUAUUAAGAAUAUUGAAUUUUUUAGAUACAACUCUACAAAAUUGCCAAACAAUUAAAGUGUGCUUUUCUUAUGUGUUAUACUCUCUUCUCUCUGAUAUUUCUAUACAUUUAAUUUGUGUUUUUUUAAUUUUUCUUUCAAAUUGUAUGCAAAAUCCACGCAAAUAUUUGCUAACUUUUUUCAAAAUCGAUUAUAUUAUUCCGUUUGAUAUUUGAUUUGUAAUAUUCAGUAAAUAUGAUUCCGAAACUUGAUUUCAAUUUUUUCCUUCUAUUGUUUCUGUAUUUUUACGAAUAAAUAUAUUUAACUUAUUAUUAAAAACAAGUAAAAUGAAUGUAAAAUAACUCCGAAAAUGAUAUGCUUAACGAUUAAAAUGGAUUUUUAAAUGCAUUUCUCGUCGUAUUUAACUGUAAAUAACGAUAAAUGCCUUACGAUUUAGUGAACAUUUGUUUUCCUCUCUCACCGCAAAUCCGUGCAAAUAAUUUGAAUUUUAUUUGAAAUAAUAAAUAAUUUAUAAUUAA